CAAACCGGAUAGGUUAGCAAUAUUGUGUUUCCUCUUAUCCUUUGUACACUGGAUUUAGAUCUUGCAUUCAUAGUAAGUGAAUACAACUACCAGGGUUCGUACGGUCAUGGAAAACCUGGAAAAGUCAUGGAAUUUUAAAAUGGUCAUUUCCAGGCCUGGAACAGUCAUGGAAAAAACUUAAAUCAUAAAAGUUUUGAAAAAGUCAUGGGAAUUUGUUAUAAUCACAUGUUCAUUUACGCCAAGUUUGAAAUAAUUAGUGUGUUUUUUAAAGAAAGACGCUCAAAAUGUAAGCCGGCGUACGCUCUCGAUACGCAAGAUUUUCUAAAUUGUUCAUGUUUCUACCGAGAUUUCAGUUUGGUCAUGGAAAUCCGGUUCAAAAGUCCUGGAAAAGUCCUGGAAAUCCAUUGGUCAACAUGUUGUGUGUUGCAGGGUGAUUCAGGAUGGGGGACCAGCCUCUGUGGGAGCAGAUAGGAUCCAGCUUUGUGCAGCAUUACUACCACUUAUUUGACUCGGACAGAUCACAACUCGGAACCAUAUAUAUCGACGAGUCAUGCCUCACAUGGGAAGGACAACAGUUCCAAGGGAAAAAGGCAAUUGUUGGGAAACUCAUUAGUCUACCCUUCCCAAAAAUAGUGCAUAGUAUAACAGUGCAGGACCACCAGCCAACUCCAGACUGCAACAUCUUGAGUAUGGUAGUAGGACAGCUAAAAGUAGAUGACGACCCGGUCAUGGGUUUCCAUCAGAGUUUCCUCCUGAAGAACAUUAACAAUGCGUGGGUGUGCACCAAUGACAUGUUCAGGCUGGCCAUUCACAACUUUGGCUAACCACCCGACCGCCCCCCCUCCCCCGCCCCCUCCCCACUCUGGUGGGCAGGGGCGCCCCGUAGUGAAGGGCACCACGUGUGUGAAGUAUGGAGGGAGGGGAAGGAGGAGUUGGGGAUGGAGAGAAGAGGGGACACUCGCCUCUCCCUUCUGCUGUCUCAUUUACGCCUGCUUGACUCUUGCAAACACCGGAUUCUAGAUGUCAAUCACUGAACCUCAUCCAGGUGGGUUUACAGACCGCCCCAGCCAGUAGAACUGCGAUUUCUUCGCCAGCCAACCAAUCAGAUGCCCCUGUCUGCCACUUCGCUGAUCUGCAUGACGCCGGGAGUCCCCCAUUACAACAUUGACACUCGAGGCACCAGCGAGAGAGAGAGAGAGAGACCAACAGCUGAACGACGCCAUUGACUCCAGUUCUGCGCCGCUCUCCACCUUUCUCCUGAUUCCAACCCGUUCUACUCUUGUUAACUCCACUGCUAUCGUGCCAGUUCUGUUGGCUCUGGUUUUUGACUGGUGUGUAGAUCUGUGUUCAGGUUCGAAGGUGGCUCCAUCAGUUCCGAGUUUUCAGAUGCAACUUGUGUUCAACUGAGUUUCAUCUUCCUGUUACACAACUGUUAACUGAGCUGUGGUUCCCUCUCAUGCCCGGUUCUGCUCUCGCAAAUCAAAAGAUCGUAGAGGACAAAGUUUGACCGCACUUUGUGAUUGGCUCCUGAAUACUCUCUCUCUCUCUCUCUCUCAAUCUGUCUUUCUCUCUCACACAGACAUGGACUACAGCCACGAUAGACAAUAAAACCUGGACUCUUUUUCUUAA